AUGAAUGGAAAUGUUUCCGAAUGGUAUAACGAAUGCGACAAUGCCAUUAGAAGGUCAGAAAUAGUUCCUGGAACUUACGAAUAUACAACUGCUGUUUCUUAUGGAAACGUAGGUGAGUUUGGUGAAGGUUCUUCAACAACAGUAGAUAUUGCUUGCGACAGGUUUCAUAUUAUUUCUAUUGACAACUCAUUCUUAUACGUGGAACAAGACAUUGAAAUAAAACCUUCUGCCAAGUUGUCUGACAAGAAAGGUUGCAAUGGAAUUUUCUAUGUCGGAUACCAAUAUGCUCCAGAAGUUUUCAUGGGAUAUAAGAUAUAUUCUAACUCUGACUUAGUUCAAACAGUAACAUGGGCAAACUAUGAAUGGUUCGCUUUGAGAAACUCAGUACAACCACAAGCUAGAGAACAAACAGACCAGUAUGCAACUAUUGAGAAAAUAAGAAGACUUGACCCUAACGUUCCAGGAGUUUAUGUUAACCUUUCUGGUUCAGAUGGAAAUGCUGCCACUAAAGUAAAACUGAAACUUAGAGUUCCUUUGUCGUCUUUCCUCAUCUUCAGGUUUUUAAGAUACUUGCCAAACUGGGCAGGAAAAAUUUCUAUCGAACUUACUCCAAGCAAAAAUAACUUAGUCAUUGCACCAACACAAGACCCAUUCACUCUUACAGACGUAAAGGGAGCAAAUCAAACGUCAUUCGCCGACUUUUGCAAAGAUAAGGUUGACUUAGACUUUGGUUUCUCAAACUUCAACACUGAAGUAAACUAUUAUUUCAAUGCUGCUGGAACUGCUUGGGACCCAGUUAAGUUCACAUGCGAAAAAUUUGAAUGCAAGAGAAUAGAAAGCAGACUUGCA